CAAGAGCCCCUUAACAAACGAGGCUGGACAAUGCAGGAAGACAUGCUAUCUCUCCGCCUCCUAAGAUUUGGAUUAAAGCAAACAACGUGGAGAUGUCCGACAUAUCCUGAAGGUAUUAACAUUGACGGUGGAAGUUGCCCUAUUAGGACAAACAUAGACCCGGCCUUUGAUGUUUACGUUCCUAGUCGGAAUGCUGAAGUGCGAUCAAGAAUGCUUAAGGAAGGUCCUCUAGCAUUGUCUAACGUAUACGAAAGCUGGCAGCGUAAUAUCAAACAAUACACGCUUCGAAAACUCUCGAAAGUAAGCGAUAGAUUGCCCGCUUGUGUAGCUCUGGCGGAAAACUUUGGCGAGAUAAUGGGCUUGCCCUCUUCUGAUUAUCUUGCAGGGUUGUGGAAGCCUGAUCUCAUAGUGCAGUUGCUGUGGUAUCGGCUCAAAAUACCCGAUGUCCCGGUCACAAAUUCGCCAACAUGUCUUGGACCAACUUGGUCAUGGGCGUCUCUCAAUGAGCCAGUUCGGUUCUUCGAGCGUUACCUAACGUUAUCCAAUCUUACUUUAAAAGCAGAAGCCCAAUACAUAGACAGUCAAAUCGAGCACAAAUUUGAGCAAUCCCCGUUCGCCGAAGUGGAACGCGGUCGCCUUGUUUUGCAAGGCCGGCUCCAACAAGCACACUAG